AUGGAUGACAUUGCUAUUGUCGGAUAUUCAUUCAAGUUUCCCCAAGAUGCUAAGGAACAGUCCAGUUUCUGGGAGGUCCUUCAGAAUCGAAAGAACCUGAUGACUGAAUGGCCUAAGGAACGCCUAAAUGUUGACUCGUUCUACGGGGAGAGGUCCAAUACAUCAAGCACUAUGAAUUGCCGUGGUGCGCAUUUCAUCGAUGAAGACCCAUCGGUCUUUGAUGCCCCUUUUUUCUCCAUUACGGCCAAGGAAGCUGCUGCUAUGGAUCCACAGCAGAGAUGGGCGCUGGAAACAUCUUACCGUGCGUUUGAAAAUGCUGGGAUUCCCGCAGAGAACCUCAAGGGCUCUAAUACAGCAGUAUUCGGAGCUUCAUUCUGGAGUGACUACUUAGGAUUAUAUUCUAAAGAUAUCGAUAAUCUUCCUAGUAUGGGGGUCACCGGAAUUGCUUCUUCCAUGAUUCCAAACCGGCUGAGUUGGUAUUUUGACUUGCGUGGCCCCAGCGUUCAUAUUGAUACUGCUUGUUCAAGUAGUAUGGUUGCUGUGGAUCUUGCAUGUCAAGCAAUUUCUAAUGGUUCUGCUACAGCCGCGCUGGUGGUUGGAACAAACCUACUUCUUGGUCCGGAAUGCUCAAUACUACUUUCGAAUAUGCACUUCCUAUCUCCGGAAAGUCUAUGCUACAGUUUUGACGCUCGCGCAAAUGGGUACGCGAGGGGAGAGGGUAUUGCUGCAAUAGUACUUAAACCGGUUGCUGGUGCCGUUCGCGACGGCGAUAUGAUUCGAGCUGUCAUUCGUUCAAUUGGUUCUAACCAAGACGGGAAGACACCUAGCCUUACGCAACCGAGUUUGCAAGCUCAGGAAUCUUUGAUUCGCAGCGUGUAUGAGAAAAAGGGGCUUAGUCUCGGUGCUACCCGUUACUUCGAAGCACAUGGAACCGGAACUCCCGUAGGGGAUCCCAUCGAGAUGAAAGCCAUCGGGCAAGCUUUCCGAGAUUAUCGUUCUAAUGAGGAGCCACUUUAUGUUGGUUCCGUCAAAUCCAACAUCGGGCACCUGGAAGGAUGCAGUGCCUUGGCUGGGAUUAUAAAAGCUAUCGCCAUGCUUGAAAAGGGUGUUAUUCCGCCCAACGCUCUAUUUGAAAAUGCGAAUCCCAACAUUGAUCUCCAAUGGCUCAAAUGCGUGGUUCCUACUCAAUCCAUUCCUUGGCCAUCCCAAGGCCUACGGCGAAUUUCUGUGAAUUCUUUUGGUAUUGGUGGAACAAACUCGCACCUAGUCAUGGAUGAUGCAUUCCAUUAUAUAACGGAACGUGGCCUAAACGCCAACCACGCCACUAUUCCCUCAAGGACACGAUUCGUAGGAAAUCCACCCACAUUCACCGAAUAUCCCACGAGCAGUGUACAUUCUAGUGUGGCUUCGGAUAUGGCUCGGCGAUUUUCUCCUAUGAACUUUGAGAAAACUCUUGGAUCCUCAGAUGAGGCAGAGGUAGUUAGUGUUAGCUCAGAGGCUAGUAGUAUUGCACUGACGCCCCUGUCCUCCCAAAAUCCCUCUUACCUUCGACUUCUUAUAUGGACUGCAGCUGAUGAAGGGGCUCUUGAGCGUGUAGUUCUAGGUUAUAACCAUUUCUGUCAGUCGUUCUCACUCGCCCACGAGGACAAUCUCGACCGGUUGGCGUAUACAUUGGCGAAACGACGCAACCUUAUGCCAUGGCGAAGCUACGCCGUGGUGGACAGUUCCAAAAUGACAACCAAAUUACGCACUUCUAAAGCAACUCGAGCGCCACUGUCUCCAUCAGGCCUUGCUGUCGUCUUCACGGGUCAAGGCGCUCAAUAUGCCAAUAUGGGAGUAGACCUUAUGCAAUUUGAUUGUUUCAGGGACAUGUUACGGAGUAUUGACCGUAUAUAUCAAUCUCUAGGAUCACAGUGGUCACUUUUCAGGGUGAUUGCAGACGAAGACAAAAUCAAUCAACCGACAUACAGCCAGCCUCUUUGCACUGCUCUUCAGAUUGCCUUGGCUGAGCUCUUGAGAAGCCUUGGCAUCGUUCCAAAUGCUGUUGUUGGCCAUUCAUCAGGAGAAAUUGCUGCUGCAUACUUGGUCGGUGGACUUUCCUUGCGCUCAGCUUGCAAGGUCGCCUUGUACCGUGGUCAAGUUUCAGAAAAGCUGAAGGAAGCUCUUUCACGUCCUGGUGCCAUGAUGUCGGUAAACCUUACAGAAGAUCAAGUUGUGGAAUAUUUAGGCGGUGCGGACUUGUUGGCCUCACGUCGCCCUAUCCACGUCGCCUGUAUCAAUAGUCCAUCCAAUUUAACUCUGUCCGGUGACGAAGAGGCCAUUGAUAAACUAGGAGACCGUCUUACAAAAUUGGGUAUCUUUGCUCAAAAACUCAAUACCGGCGUUCCAUACCACUCUCCUACCAUGCAUUCGAUUGCAUCCGAAUACCAGGACCUAAUGGGAGAUUUAGAACCACGUGCUCUGGAGGGCACAACCGCAAUUAGGAUGAUUUCAAGCGUGACUGGGGAUAUUAUUACAUCAUCGUCAUUAACAUCUCCGACCUACUGGGUUAAAAAUUUGAUAUCUCCAGUUCGGUUUUCCGACGCCAUCCAAACUCUUGCUCGGCCAAUCCUGGGUAGAAGUGCGGGUAUAGGAGAUAUUAUCGAGGUUGGGCCCCAUUGUGCCUUGCGACGCCCCAUCAAAGAUACCUUGGGCACGAUUGACGCGGUGGCUGGUAAUAUCGAGUACUCUGCAGUUCUUAUAAGGCAGAAAGCUCCAUUACAAACACUCUUGGAAAGCCUUGGGAGUUUAUUCUGUCGUGGCCACGCCGUUUCUAUAUCAGCCGCAAACCAACACGACCGAGUUGUUGCAGAUCUGAUUCCAUUCCUCGUUGAUUGCCCGGAAUACCCGUUUGAUCGUAGCAACACAUACUGGGCCGAGUCUAGGCUUAGUAAGGAUCUGAGACGUCGUGAGCCGACGCGGAAUGAUGUCCUCGGCCCUAGGUUCUAUGAUAACCCCUAUCUUCUGAGGUGGAGAACGUUCCUAAGCAUUGCUUCCAUGCCGUGGAUCAAAGAUCAUAUGGUUUCUGAUACGAUCAUAUUUCCCGGUAUGGGAAUGAUCACAAUGGCUCUCGAAGCAGUCAGGCAGGCGAGUCGAAAACAACAUCAACAUGAAAUAUUUGGUUAUAAUAUCAAAGAAGCUCAUUUCUUGAGCCCUAUUCUUGUAUCUGAAACUAUACAUCACAAGACCGAGACGAUACUCCAUCUUCGGCCGAGGAGGAAACCAUACGAAAAACAGUCAACGUGGUUUGAAGUGGAGAUAUACGCACUUUCAGAUGAUAAAUGGGAUGAGUGCUUCAAAGCUUUGAUUGGAGUGGAGUUUGUAAAACCAAAUCACGAAGCUGUCGCUUUAAGACAGGGGCAACUCACGAAGUCGCAUCUCACAGAACAAUAUGCCGCCGCUGAAGCGACUUGCACGAAGUCUAUUGAUACGCAGAAAUUCUACAAAUACUCAGCAGAUCAUGGCUUACAAUAUGGCAACUGGUUUCAACUACUUAAGGAUAUUCUAUGGGAUGGGGGGAGAAUCGCCACAGCUAGGGUGGACAUUUCCAGUCCAUAUCAUACCACCGAUCUUGUCCACCCCGUCCUAUUAGAUGCUGCAUUGCAACUUCUUCAAGCACAACGCUCACAAGGCUUAUCAAAGCCAGUCACCACGAGUGUGCCACAUAGCAUAUCCGACGGAUGGAUUUCAGCUACGGGAUGGCUACAACCGAAUACAUUCUCCGUACGGUAUCUGACCAACGUUACUCCUAGUGCUAAAAGUAGAGACACUGAGUGUACUAUAACUGGUCUAUCUGAGGACGGACAAGUAUUGUGUACCUUCCCGAAGGUGAUAUUACGGUCAACAUCGAAGAGCGAGACUACCGACUUAUCGAACAAGAGAUUCGUGUGGGGUAUUGAUUGGAAGCCACAUUUAAGUUUACUCGACCCAUAUCAGCUACACCAUGCGUGCAAUACUGGACAGCUUAAGGACGAGUCAGAGUGGUCAGAAUAUAACGUAAAACUUGAGUCCGUGCUUGGCCAAGUUCUACAUACCACUUAUAGCCAAAUCGUCGGUGAAGGGCUCGUAAUCCCCAGCCAUAUGAAACAAUACGUUGCUUGGAUAGAAUACUACGUCAAGCACAAGCUGGGGGAUAUCUCUUACCCUACAACCGACGGCGUUAGCCUCAAUGACCAACUUCAAUACCUCGAGCAGCUAUAUCCAUCUUGGGGUUACAUGGUGAGAGUGGCACGCGACCUUCGGGAUAUCUUGACCGGGAGACAGGAUCCUCUUCACAUCGCAUACAGUACAGGCUUAGCCGAAGCCCUCUAUGUGGAUGCAUCUGAUAAAAUGUGUGAUAACCGAUUUAGUUCUAUGCUCGAGCUGUUGUCACAUGAGAAACCGGAUUUGAAGAUUCUCGAAGUGGGUGCUGGGACCGGCGGACUAACUAGACGAAUCUUGUCUCUCUUCCGGGACCUUGAGAAGCGUACUGGUGCAAGUACCUUUUCUAAAUACAUGUAUACCGACAUCUCGCCAGCUCUUUUUGAAAGGGCUGCUGAGACUUUCUCAGACUUCAAAGAUCGUAUUGCAUUCAAGACAUUUGACCUGGAACGCGAUCCUUGUCAGCAAGGCUUUGAGUCCGAAAUGUACGACCUAAUAAUUGCAGGCAGCGUCUUACAUGCUACAACAAACCUAGGAACCGCCACACAGAAUAUUCGAAGACUUCUUAGGCUGGGCGGUCACUUUCUCAAUGUCGAAAUAGUCGUUCCCGAAAAAACGGCCAUGCACUUUGCGUUUGGCACUCUACCCGGAUGGUUCUCGAAGAAUGAUGGUCUGAGAGAUUCGAACCCAAUUGUGGAUGAGGCAACAUGGGAUCAGGUGCUUCAAGACUACGGGUUCACGAAGAACAUCCUAACCAUCAGGGACUUUACAACCGAGAAUUGCCACCUUUUGAGCGCCAUGUUAUCCACAGCUACCGAGCAGCAAAAACCUGCAAAAAAUCCCAUCUCGAGUCUUCUUAUAAUCGUAAACGAACGAUCGAAGCUCCAAGCUGCCCUUGCCCAGUCGUUUCUAGAAGGGCUCUGCGCGGAUAAUCAAUAUCAAUGGAAGGUCGUUUCCAUUAAUGAGGUUCAACAUGAACACCUCAGCGAUGCCGAUAUUACUAUCUGCCUGGUCGAAUAUGGCGGACCCCUCCUACAUAGGGUGAGCGGCGAUGAGUAUGAUUCGCUUAAACUAAUUAUCCGACACUGCCAAAGACUGCUGUGGGUUACAUGCGCGGAAAUCAAUGAUAUGACUUAUCCUUUUCAUGGUGUUAUGCAGGGUUGGCUCCGAAGUAUGCGUUCCGAAAGCUUCGAAAAACAUAUUGUCACUCUCAAUAUCGAGGCAAAUGAGCACGACACCGUUUCCCCUAUAGCAAAUAUAACCAAGGUGUUCGAGGCGUCUUUUCUAAGGAAUUCACCCGAACUUGAGUAUAUUGUGCGAGACGGACGACUCCUCAGCGGGCGUCUAACCCAGGAGCCGGAGCUCGACAGUUCUAUAUGCGACCUCAUCUCCCCACAGUUGAAAAAGCAGCCGUUAGUGCUUGACGGAGAUUGUCCUAUGAGACUUGCUCUGGGCAGUAUUGGCAUGCUGGAUACUAUUCAUUUUGUCGAAGAUGUGGAUUACUACCUAGAACUUGGCCCUGAAGAUAUCGAAAUCGAGGCCAAGGCGUGGGGGCUUAGUUUUCGAGAUUUGUUCGCGGCACUCGGGCGUCUGAAUGAAAACGACUUGGGGGCCGAUUACGCCGGGAUCGUAACGAGGAUUGGAUCCGCAUGCAAAACGGAUCUUCGACCUGGUGAUCGCGUUUGCGCGUUGUCCCUAGGCUGCAUGCGUACUAUUUGUCGGACCCAUGAGAGUAAUGUAUUCAAGAUACCUGAAGGCCUCACUUUCGAAGCUGUCACAUCGCUGCUCUUACCCGGAAUUACUGCCUACCAGUGUUUGGUCAAUGUUGCUCGUCUACGAAAAGGCGAAAAAGUUCUCGUACACUCGGCUGCAGGUAGCACUGGCCAGGUUACGGUGAGUAUUGCAAAAUGGCUUGGUGCGGAGAUAUAUGCUACUGUUGGGUAUGAUGAUAAAAAGGAGCUGUUGGUCAAGAAGUUUGGACUAGACCCCGAGAACAUCUUUUACAGCCGAGACACAAGUUUUGCCGAGAGUGUUAUGCGCGCCACAAAUGGCUAUGGAGUUGACGUGGUGGUGAACUCGCUUUCCGGGGAUGCCUUACAAGCAUCGUUUGAAUGUGUGGCUCCUUACGGCCGCUUUAUCGAAAUAGGCAAAGCCGACAUCAAUGCGAAUUCCCCCCUAUCCAUGGCCGCCUUCAAGAGGAAUGUGAGCUUCUGUGCGGUGGACAUAUAUCACAUGGGCCAUUUCAGAAAGGAGUUGAUUAGCGACCUCAUGAAAAACGUCCUAGACCUAGUGGCUAAGGGUGCUAUUAGUCUUCCAAGUCCCAUCGAAACUUUCUCAGUAUCGACUAUCGAGGCCGCAUUCCGCCACCUGCAAACUGGUAAGAGCAUGGGACGUAUUGUUAUCACAGUGAAUCAUUCCGAUACCGCCUUGAAGCGCGUCACUAAACGACGCAGGUGGUCUUUGGCCCAGGAUGCCUCCUACCUUAUAGCUGGUGGCCUUGGCGGCCUUGGCCGGGCAAUAUGUAUAUGGUUGGCAGACAAAGGGGCCAAGAACUUAAUAAUACCGUCGAGAUCUGGGCCAUCAUCCAAGGCUGCUUCUGAGCUCAUAUCUGAGCUACAAGAACGUGGUGUGAAGGCUGUAGCACCUAAAUGUGAUGUUACAUCAUAUCCCUCCUUAAAAGAAUUGCUGGAUGACUGCGCCGGUACGAUGCCGCCCGUAAAAGGGUGUAUAAACGCAGCAAUGGUGCUUCAGGAUGCCGUGUUUGACAACAUGACCUUGGAGCAGUGGCAGACCACUAUUCGCUCCAAGAUUCACAGCUCGUGGAAUCUUCAUCGUCAACUCCCCUCGCUCGACUUUUUCAUCUUUUUGUCGUCUAUGGCAGGCAUCAUUGGAAGUGUCGCCCAGUCCAAUUACGCCGCGGGUUGCUCUUUUCAGGAUUCCCUUGCCCUUCAACGGAGCACGCUGGGCGAGAGAGCCUUAUCUCUGGAUAUCGGAUGGAUGAGGGCUAUAGGAAUCAUCGCCGAAACAGAACGAUACCAGCUAAAUCGAAAAAAUGCCGGAGACAUAGGACAGGUAGAAACCGAGGAACUCUUAGCCGUUUUGGAUCUGUAUUGCGGCCCAGCAGAUCCUGAUUUACCACAGAAGGGCCAACUGCUGCUGGGCGUCAUCGUGCCAACAGAACUCGUUGAAAAGGGGCAACCACUCCCAGCCAUUCUCCAAAGGCCGCUAUUCUCGGGUUUCGCGAGCACCGACAAAGGGGUUCAAAGUGAGAGAAGCCAAAAGGGGCCAGACCUAGGGUUUUUAUUCCGACAAGCAGCGACCGCUGAGGCAAGGACAGCCGUAGUUGUCAAGUCACUAUCGGCGAAUCUGGCUCGAGCGAUGAACGGUUCGCCUGAAGAUAUUGACCCGGCAAAGACUUUGUCUGACUAUGGGGUCGACUCACUCAUGGCGAUCGAGCUACGAGAGUGGAUAGGAGCGCAGUUUGGGGCUACGGUUGCCGUAUUUGACAUCAUGGGAGGUAUACCUAUCUCUAAUAUAGGAGCGUUGGUGGUAGCGAGAUCAACGGUAGCAUACAACGCUGUAAACCACUAGAACGUAGGGAGGUUAAAAUAGUCAGAGCUGUUUCAGAAGGAAUUUGAAUGAGAUCAACGUCCGCUCAGACCACUUUGCGACCAAGGCGCAAGACUGAC